AUGCAACAAGCUUCAUCCUCGUCAUCGGAAUCCUCUCUACUAACGCACGGAGGUCAUCAUCUUCACCAUGACAACAGUACUGAAUCAUCACCAACCACACAAUCCACCACCUCAGCAACAAGUGCCUUAACCUAUUAUUUUGUUAAGCCCAAAGAUGAAACCAUUCCUACGCCAUACUUGUUUAUAACGAACGUAACCAAUGUUUUAAAGAACAACAAACACGAAACAACUUCCUCCUCCGACUUGUAUAAAUUGUAUGAGGAUUGGAUCAUCAAGGAAAUAUCGGAAAAUGUAGAGAAUACGGAGGUGGAAACCGUACUCGUGAGAGAACAAAAAUUGAAACGUAAAAAGAAGGAAAAGCUCGAAAGAAAGAAACAACAAGAGGCUUCUUCGAGUGAUCAUGAUGGACAUGAUGUUGUUACAUCUCAUCCGACCAUUCAAAUCUAUGUUGUAUUUGGAGAUUCGGAAGAAGCUGAACGAGUGAAACACUAUCUUAAUGAGAAAUAUCCGUUUUUUCACGUGUCGUAUGCAGACACAGCAACAGAAACUAAAGAACAGAGAAAAAAGAAGCACGUAAAAGGUUGGAGUAUUGAAUGCACUUCUUCCACAGAGCACGUGAAAAUUCCUGGUUUGAUAGUGAUUGAGAACUUCCUCACAGAAGAAGAAGAGGAGAAAAUCAUAAAACAAGUCGAUCAGCAUGAUUGGGUUCAGGAACUUCAAAGAAGAGUUCAACACUAUGGAUUCAGGUUUGACUAUGAUAUUAGAUCGAUCGAUUUUAAUGGUAAGGUAGAUCCAAUUCCAGAUUAUGUUCAGAACAUUAUUCCUAGGAUGAAGGGCUUGCUGACCACAAAGCAACAGGAAAAGGAUCCAACAUUUGUGAAUGAUGAAUAUCUUUCAUCUUUUGAUUUUGAAACCUAUCAAGCGGAUCAGUUAACAAUUAAUGAGUAUCUACCAGGUCAAGGAAUUCGACCUCACAUUGAUGUACAUGGCCCAUUUAAUGAUGGACUCUUUCUUAUCUCUUUGCUUAGUAGCACCGUGAUGUAUUUCUCCAAAUGCGUCAAUGAUGAAGUCAUUGAGAAGAAGUAUGUCGAUUUGCCAAGAAGAUCUCUCGCAGUACUGGUUGGAGAAGCUAGGUAUUUGUGGAGACAUGCUAUUAUGUGUCGUGAGUUGGACAGAGUCAAUGGAAAGAUCAGAAAGAGGCAACGAAGAGUCUCUCUCACAAUUAGAUCUGUAAGAAAAAGUGGAUCUUGCAAUUGUAAAUGGGUUGAGGUUUGUGAUUCACAACAGCAAGAUUAUGUCGCACACAAUCUUCCAUAUUCUCAACAACUGAGCACAACUAAUCUAGAACUUGAAUAUGUUCAAAAGACAUACAAUACUAUAGCAUCUCACUGGGACAACACUAGACAUUACGCAUGGCCAAAGGUUGCAGAGUUCAUUAAAUCACUUCCAGACUAUUCCGUGGUGGGUGACAUUGGAUGUGGCAAUGGAAAAUAUAUUGGGCUUAAUCCCAAGUGUGUUUGGAUUGCAACGGAUAGAAGUGAAAAAUUAUGUGAAAUUUGUGUGCAGAAAGGUUUUGAUGUGACUGUCUCAGACGCUCUCAAUCUUCCCUACAAGAGUAAUUGUUUUGAUGCAACACUAAACAUUGCAGUCUUGCAUCAUAUUAGUUCUGUCGCUAGAAGAAUUCGACUCCUAAAAGAGUUGGUGAGAGUGACAAAGCCAAAUGGCCUUAUUCUCAUUUAUGCCUGGAGCUUUGAGCAAGAACAACAUUCAAAGAGAAAAUUCCAAAGUCAAGAUGUGUUUGUUCCAUGGAAGUUGCAAGCAAAAUAUUUAUCACAUGGAGAAGAAGGGGAUGAUGAUGGCGACUCUCAACCACCACCAAUUGAGGACAAUGAAGUCACUGUGAAGCGUUAUUGCCACGUGUACAAGCAAGGAGAGUUAGAUGAGCUUUUACUCACCAAAGUCAAAGGUGUGGACAUUGUUGAUUCAUAUUUCGACACUGGCAAUUGGUGUUUAUUAGUAAGAAAACACAAGACAAACUCUGUAUAA